GCUGUGCAGGCAAGUAGGCUAUGAUGUAGCGUGUGGGAUCUGUCGCUGCACGAUCUUGUCGGCAAUCUCACAAUAAGCGCGGCCCCGCAUCCCCCGUAUCUGCUCAUCUAAUCAGACGGCUCAUACCUGCAGCAGGACACUCUUCUCAUCCUUCGUCACCCUGUAGCAUCUAUCGACUGGCGUAGGCUAAGGCUUAGUUGCGAGCGCGAACGAGAACUCGAGUCACGCAACAAAGGUCACUUCGCACCGAUGGAGAGCCUAACCUACGAUGCACUACCGAUAGAAUGCCGUCUAGAAGUCCUCGGCUACCUCGACUUCCACUCGCUCUUCGCAGUUCGGCUUGUCUCGCAUCAAUCACAAAGCGACGUCGAGGUGCUUGAACGCGCUCGCUGGUACCCUGCGCAACUCAUUGCGGAGCUGUCGCAUCGCCAUCGACGCCAUAUCGCUGCUUCCCUGGCAUUAUGUCGGCCGUCGUAUGCUUGGUCGAUGGGAUAUACACCUGAGUCGUUCGUUGACUACUUCCUUGCGUAUUGGCAUACAUCGGUGGAGACACUCCAAGCAGAAGGGGUGGGUGGGCACGAGUUGCUUUGUCAAAUUACUGCCAGGAAGAUGCCGACGAUGCCUUUCUGUCGGUGACUCUAGAAACAGUAUCAUGAGUAGAAGUGUCUCCUGUAUCUAAUGUAUCUACUGCUUCUAUAAGCCCAUAGAUA